GGCACGAAGACUUGGCAACUUCGAUCCUCUUCAUCUACUCCACUCUCAUACCCAAUUCAUAAACCUUUCUCUUACUCUCCUCCUUAUCACUUUCUUUUGGCCUGUGUGGGAGGUAGGGGUAGACAUAUUCUUCUUCUGCAAUUCAGAGCUAAAUAAUUGAGUUGGCAAGAAUGAUGGAACAAGUAAAGGGAAAUAAUUGGCUUGAUGGGUCUGAAGAUGAGCUUAUUGUGAGCGAGCUUCUUGAUGAUGAAUCCCCUUUCUUCCUGUUGCCAAAUGAAGCUGUUGAAUCCAAACCAACUCCUAAUUAUUCCAAUGAACAAACUGUUACUCGACUCAUUUCCACUGUCUAUUCUGGGCCAACAAUCCAAGAUAUUGAUCAUGCUUUAUCCAUCACUAGCAGCAGCACUCAGAUGGACCAAUUCCAAGCACUUUCACAGGCCUGCAGAAUUUCGAUUUUGGAAAGGGGUUUCAGUAAGAUUGAGAAUAACAAAUAUACUCUUAAAUUCAAAACGUGUGGCAAUGGAAUGGCUGAUGAUGGUUAUAAAUGGAGAAAGUACGGCCAAAAAUCUAUCAAGAACAGCCCAUAUCCUAGAAGCUACUACAAGUGCACAAACCCAAGGUGCAGUGCAAAAAAGCAGGUGGAAAGAUCCAGAGAAGACGAGGACACACUCAUAGUCACCUAUGAGGGCCUCCAUUUACACUUUGCUCACCCAUAUUUCUUACUGGACCAACCUAUUCUUGUGAAUCCACAACCAUUCAAGAAGCCCAAGAAGACAGCUGAAACAGCAGAAGAAUGCCCAUCACGAGCAAGUCCGACCACUGGCUCAGUGGAUGAGUAUUGCGAGCCUCAGGGUCUGCUUGAAGAUGUAGUGCCUUUGAUGAUUAGGAAUCCAUUGUCUUCAAAUUCUUCUUCUUGCUCUUCUUACCGUUCUCCACCUACUUCACCUUCUUCACUGUCUUGGUCUCCUAAUCAUACCCAUUCUUGUUUUUGAUCAUUACAUGAAUGUAUGUUAAGUGGAUCAUAUUAUAUAACCCAAUAAUCCCUCUUCUUUUCUUCUGUUAUGGCUUAGAUAAUUUGGUUUAAUAAUGUAUAAUUAUAUAUUAAUUAAUACUACUAUUGUAUUGUAUC